ACAGACGUUUGUGUUAUUAGUCCCCGUUCAAGAGAAUCAACAUGACUGGCGCUUGAGCAGAAUAUCAGAUUAGUUUUCAUUUGGACGCAAUCCUCAUUCCUCGUUGCCCAUCGCGCACACAGCUGGGCGAUAGCACAAUUUUCAGACUGAUAUUAACUAUCUUUUAUUAGAUUCCCAAUCAGGCUUUUCUUUAUAAGACAGUUUACACAUACUGAAACAAAGUGGAUUUAACAGUGGCUACGUGGUUUACCCGCUCUCCAAGAUGCUUCUGGUCUCCCAGCGGCUAGACUCACCGCGCAUGGACCCAUUACUGCUAGGAUCCCUGAAGAGGAAAUUGACUGGGGCCGUCGAGAGUUCUGCAUCUCUAAACGGGGUCUCUGACACGUCUAUGACCCAGGGAGGUGGCAAACGUCUAUGUCUGGAAGAUGUCACCCUGGCCAUGGGCCCCAGCUACCCUCAGCCCCCAUUCCCUUCUGGGAUGGACAACCAGGGGGGUGUUCUGGAAGCUAAUCGACUGAACAGCAACAACAACAAUUUGGGGUCUCCAUAUUCCAUACCCCCAAAUGCUAGUCCUGGAUCAACGCCAGGGACCGGGGGAGGCUCAGGGGGCUUGACAAGUCACUUCAACCCAAAUGGGAAUUCGGCCACUCCUUCAGUGGAACAAGAACUGCAGGACAUUUUGGAUGAACUUACAAAGAACCCUGAUCCCUCUUUACCUGAGCUUGACAUUGAGAAGAUCUUAGGAAAAGAAAGUGAUGACCAGGCAAGUAGUGCUGGAGGUUUUGUGCACCUAGAGGGUAAUGGCACCCCCAAAAGGUCUCCACAGAGACAGUCACACCUAGAGACCCACCUCACUCAGUCCCCUGGUUUCUCUCAAGCUGGGUCCCCUCAAGUGGGUCCAAGUCCUGCUGGAGCACCAUAUACUCUACCACACCCUUCCAAAACAGUUCCGUCUCCACUCUCAGCAUCACCCCUGUCCUCCUCCUCUUCACAAGGGCAAAAUCAAGCACGAUCACCCAUGCUUUCUGCUGCCUUAUCAAGCCGGGCCGGAUCCAACUGGCAUGAGGUGUCCCGGGCCCAACAGCUUCAGCAGAUGGCAUCGAAUAGUAAGCAUCAUUCCAACAACAGUGCAGGUCCCCCACCUGCACAGUCGGGGUUGUCUGGAUUGGGCCAGCAGAGUACUUCUUGGGCUGGUCCCUCUCCACCUUACCGACCAGGGGAUAAACUGCCUAACUCAUCGCCUCAUCAGCAGCCCUUCAGCCCAGCAGGUAAUAUUCAGAGCCCCCAGAGUUCUCUAAUCUCUAGCAUGACUCCAGCCCCAUCCACCGGACCUUCACCACCCUACAGGCCAGAAAAGCUAGCCAGCCCAGCAAUUGCUCAGCCCCCUUUCAGCCCCCAGAACAGCAUUCUGUCUGGAAAUGCCCCACCAGGAGUUUCAGGCACUGCAAUCCAAGGUUCUCAGGCAAGUUAUCUUCCUGGUGUGGCCCCAGCAUCAAACAACACUCGACCAUCACCUCCUUACCGACCAGAUAAACAUCAGAGUCCAGCUGGGCAAUGCCAACAAGGAACACAACCUCACACACAAGGGCAUAUUUUCAACUCACAAAAUACUCAAGCACCUGCAAUGUCUAGUCAGCUGUUCAAGGCCAUCACAUCCAACCAGCCACCCAGUAGCCUCAAGCUCCUAAUGCAGGCACAGGGAAAACCCUCACAGCUGCAACUAAACAAGACCACCACAGCUGGUAUGGGUCCAGAACCAUACUCUUUCAACAACACCAAGCCGUUACGUCAUUUUGACCCCAAUCCCUCUGUGACCAAACUGGGUCCUCUGACUGUGGGAGCAUACCGCAAUGCUAGCAUGCAGCCCACAACGCCCACAUCAGCCACAGGACAUGGACAUCUUUUGCCACAGCGUGUGCAAAGGGGGAUGCCUGCUGGUGGUAUCGUGCCUCACUGCAGAGAUGAUCAAGGUGCAGGAAUGGUGCCACCUCUUCAGGACCCUUCGUCAGCAGUGCCACGGCAGCCCCAGGGCAGCAACUACAACAUGAUGCUUAAGAAUCAGCUAAUAACCAAACAGCUUCAACAACAAGAAAAGCAAAGGCAUAUGGAGCAAAUGAAUGGAGGGCAUAUCACAGACUGCCAACAGGCGGCACCAUUUCAAGGUCCAGGUCGAUCACUCCCUCCAGAGUGUGGUGGAUAUCCUCUGGGAGCUUCUCAACAGCCGAAUUCCUCCAUGCUGUCCCAUAGCGGCCCUUUACCCUCAAAUCGAAUGGGUCUUUCCUCCAGCUCAGUCUCCCAGAUGGGCCCGUCGGUUGGAGGAUACAUGUGCAGCAAAGGUUCCAAACAACCCCUCUGCCACCCGUCGCAAGACUUUGGAAUGGCGAUGCAGCCUGGCCAGAGCAUGAUGGGAAUGGGUGGCCCUCCACGUCAACCGCUACACCCGGCUCACGCUGUGACGCGACCAGGAAUGCCAUGUCCAAACCUACCAGGCGGUCCUGUGCCGACCCACCACCUGCGGCAGGUGCUGCACCAAGGUGGAGCUCUUCAGUCACAUAUGAUGUUCCCAUCUCAGCAGCAGCAGCCCACCUCACAGUCCCAGCUCUGGCAGCACCAACAAGGGGUGCAACCACAUAUGGACCCUGUGAACCACCAACAUCCCUUCCCCACCGGAGGAGCCCUACCUGGAUGCCGAGGUCCUCAGUUUCCACAGCGAUCCGGCAUGGCAGGUAUGCCAGCCAACUUCCCUGGUUCCCUUCCUCCUGCAAAUCAAGUAGCUCCUGGUUUGGUUAGCAGACAGGACCAGAAGAUGCCCACCACCCAGCCACUAUCCUCCAUGUCCCAACAGAACUUCAGAAUGCGAGGUCCUCUUUCCGCUCUAGCUGUUAUGAAACCAGGAGGACCGUCCAUGAUGCACCCUGCCCAUGGGAUGGCGCCUCCUAGUUACCAGACUGCUUCCGCAGGGAAACACUGUUCACCGCAGUGCUACAACCCCGGAGAUAAACUGCCUUCCUAUGACUACACACCACAGCAUCAGAGCAAUGGGGCGAUGGCAGCGAGGCUACAAGGACCUGGAGGGGGAGGUGGUCGCGGUGCGGAAGUGGACUUCAUAGACACUCUGGUGGGCAACAACGAAGACUGGCUGAACAAUCUCACCAUGAUUGAUGAAUACCUUGAGCAAAACUCAUAGGGACUGAUCAAGAGCGUCCUAGGUUUGAAAAUCACUACACACAGUGCCAGAAUGGGGCCGUGGGGUCAUCGCUCUGUAAAGGCGCGUUCACACCAAGAGCGCUAACUAUAACAAGAACUAUAUUAGUGUCCACACCAACGAACGAUAAUAUUCUGUUCCUUAUAAGCUUGCAGCUACAUUGUCUGCUGUUGUAAGACCCUGACUUUUCUGAACUUUUCUGGAAAGUUCGCUUUGGCAAGCUGUUUCGAACUCCAAACAAACUUUGUUUUGGCCUAAUUUUGUUCUAAAUAACGAAGUAUAUUAGGUCCUUUAAAAAUGUGAGCUCUUUAAACUUGUGUGGUAUCUGAUUGACUUAAAAAAAACUUUUUAGUUUAUCAUUAUAGUUAUCAUCUUUGGUGUGAACGAACCUUAAAGUCUUAAAGCGUUUUUUUUCUCAUGGCUAGCAUUAGUGAGAAUGUAUCAGUGGAAAUGAGGCACUGCUAAACCACCUGAAAUGGCUUUGGCCGUCAUUAAACUGGCUUAUAUUAUAAGAUGCCCUUUCCUUUUCUCUAUGGUUGCUCUUCCAGUGCUCUCUGCGCUGUUUUAGGAUAAUAUUGUAAUUAUUGUCAAAUGUUUUAUGGAGUGAAACACUGAUUGAUGAAAACAUGGGCUUUGCUCAGCAGUGUAAAGAAAGUUCUCAUUCAGUUAAAGGGGUAGUCCACCCAAAAAGGACAAUUCUGUCAUCGUUUACUUACCCCCAUGUCGUUCUAAACCUGUAUGACAGAAGACAUUUUGAAGAACAAUUUUUGUCUGUACAAUGAGAGUUAAUGGGGUUUAAAACAACACUGACUUUCAUUCUAUGCACAAAAACACUUUUUCUUACCUGCUUUACAUGGAGUGAGUAGAUGAUGACAGAAUUGUCAUUUUUGGGUGAACUGUCCCGUUAAUGCAAUGUGGUAACAGUAUUGUUGGCAGUACUCAUGCCAGACCAGGCUCAUAUGUGCAGCUUUUCAUUCUUACUAUUUGAAAAGCGUAUGAAAUCAUUUCUGUGAUGAACUAUUUGAGGGUAUUUCAAAAGGGGCUUGUCCUGUACAUAAAGGAUUUUGUAAAAUAUGGUUUCUUAAACUGUAACAUACAAAAGAGAAGUACACAUAUUUAUGCUUCUUUUCUG